CAAGUUGCGAGUACGUGCCCGUACGCGUAGCCACUUCGUUAUGGAAGGCUUCCUCUAUUCCAUUGUUUUGGGUUUGAAAAAGUCACUAGUAGAGCUAACAUGGAGUCAAGCGCUAGUCCCAUUGAGCUUAUUGUACUUUGCACUGCACUGGAGCUACGUAGAGAAAUUUGCCGACACCGAGACUCAAAAGUACACUUACAACUGUGUGCUAUGGACAGUGGGCAUUCUAGUUUUCACCGCAAAAGUACAUAGCAUUUACCAGAAUGGGUUCUGCAACGCUUGCGGCCUCACGGUUGAGAAUGUAAUUUUUUCAGCGGUUUUCGUAGUUUUUGUUACACACUGCUGUCAAACGUUUCUGAUUCGUGACGUUGUCCCAAAAACGCCAAAAGAACAGACUGUCUCUGCUGAUUUGGUGGAUCACGCAACAGACGGUCAAAGGUCUUCAGCUCAAACGAGCAGCCUCCCAUUGGACGGAUUGGACCAAGCAGAAGUUCGUCGGAGAGCUGUAGGUGCAGCUCCGAACCUUGAGGACAAAGUCGAUGACCGGCUGUUGUUGCAGUUUUCAAAAAAACUUCUAGACCUAUGGGAAGAUAUUGGCGUUGCCUUAAAAAUACCAAAGGGGGACUUGAAAAACAUCGAGCAUAAGCACAGGGAUGAUUUGUCAAAGCGCCUCUUCGAGGUCCUAAAACUAUGGUGUGAUCGUGAAUUUAAUCCCACUGUUGGAGCUCUGGUGGAAGCCUGUAAAUGUGAAGGAGUGAAUGCCGAAGUAAGAUGUCGGAAAGCUCUCGGUCUUAUUUCCAAGUAAAAACUGGAUUUAUCAGCUCGCAUAUGUGUAAUGACUUGUGUACAACUUGAACGUCUUUUAUAUACCACAACAUGUUAAAUAGCAUUAAAGAAAUGCAUUCCGAGCAGCAUUUAUUAGCUAGUUUUAGUGUUGGCUUUUUUUGCUUUUUUGUGGUAGGUAUAAGUUAUUGGAAGGCAAAAUCGUACGUCUACUCUGCUUUCAA